GCCGGCUGGUGACGCAAAGCUGCUCAGAAACGUGAAGGUGCCCAGAGGGAGUGUCCUGAAGUCGCAGCGUGACCAAGCGAGUGAGACACUGAGGCAGUAGAGAGCUGGUUUCUUCUGGUGCUGGCUACUCCUUUUUACAUUGUAGAAGCUCUGCAUGCCUCUUAGAGAAACAAAGGAAAGAGGGCAGCACUGUUUCUGGGCGACACCGCCUUGUGACUUUCACGCUUUCCUUCCUGGCGCGCCCGAGUCCAGCCUUUGCAAAGGUUCCCCAGUGCUGCUUCCCUCCUCACUGGGCAGGUGCAGUCCAGAGCAGUUCAAUGCAGUCUUUGGGAUUUUUUCGGCACGUUCACGGAGUAUACAUGCUCUAAAUGCCUGCAGUACAGAGGAAUCCAGCAACUGCCAAUGGGAUGCAUUUGCAUAGAGGAAGAAUUCCUCAUUUAAGAUGGGUAAUAAGCAAACGAUAUUUACUGAUGAACAGCUAGAUGCCUACCAGGAUUGCACAUUCUUCACUCGGAAAGAAAUCCUUCGAAUGACUCAUCAGAAAGGCAUGCCGUUCCCUUGUCCAAAGUUGCAUGGCCGGUACCAUGAAAUGGCACCAAACGUUGUGCCCAUGGACUAUACAAAGGACCCAGAUGUUAAACUACCUAUGCAGCUUAUAAUAAACAUGCCUGAGCUAAAGGAGAAUCCCUUUAAGGAAAGGAUUGUUGAAUCUUUCUCAGAAGAUGGAGAAGGGAGCCUCAGCUUCAAUGAUUUUGUGGACAUGUUCUCUGUGCUCAGUGAAAUGGCUCCCAGAGAGCUUAAAGCAAUCUAUGCCUUCAAGAUCUAUGAUUUUAACACAGAUAACUUCAUUUGUAAAUCAGACCUGGAAAAAACCCUCAAUAAGCUGACCCGAGAAGAGCUAACAGCAGAAGAAAUCACACUAGUUUGUGAGAAAGUGAUAGAAGAAGCUGAUAUGGAUGGUGAUGGGAAACUAGGAUUUGCAGAUUUUGAAAACAUGAUUUCCAAAGCACCAGACUUUCUCAGUACUUUCCACAUAAGAAUCUGAAGACGUUUCUGUGAGCCAGUGUUAUCAGAAAUGACUUGCCAGUCCGGCCUUUCUGAAUCUCAGGCACUUUGGGGGCUGUUGUCCUCUAUUAUGGCUUCUUAGAACUGAGCAAGCAGUACUGAAAUAAUUUUGGUCCACCAAGAGUCAGAAGCAUCAUUUGAUCUGCGAGACAUUUGGAACAGUGAUGUUUUUAUCUCUGCUGCUGGCCAAGCACUCUGGCAAAGAUGGUUGGUUCUUCGGUUGUGGGUUUUUUUUUUUAACAGGCAGAAUCAGAAUAUUAUUAAAGGUAUUUCCACAUAGUUUUUAUAUUUAUGAAUAUUUAAUACUGCUCUUAAAAGCAAAAAAAACCCAAAAAACAAAAAAAAACAACAAAAAAAAGAAGGUUGAAAGAAAGGGUUAGCUUUGGUGACCUUUUCCAACAGAUUUUGAAAGGAAGCAAGGGCCUUAAAUAAUGAGAUGCCUCUAUCACUGUGUUGUGCAGCUGGGGAUCUUGCGUGGAAAUAAUCUUAGGUGAAAGAACUGCAGUCAAGAUCAAGUUCCCAGUGUUGAAGACAACCACAUCCCAGAUUUGCCUUUUAGUCACUGAAAUGGCAGUUGCUGGGUUUGGUGCUUACCUUCAACCAAUAUUUUAUGGACUGUCAUGUCCUUAUAAAACUUGAAGUAUUUGCCUUUUGUAUAUGAUUUGCAUACAUGAUUCAUUUCUUCCCAAGAAACUUUAAACUGUUUCCUUACUCUCAAAGGAGGUCUUGCCUUUUUCUCGUAUUCUGGGCUGAUAAUGUUGUAUGGAAGAAUAUGAUCGUCUGUAACCCAUGAAGAAAUUCAAGAAGCACAGCACUACUACUAAGGACAUAAAAAGACCUUUUCUUUCUAAACCAGCUAUGCAAUCUUUCCCAUAAAAUGCAUGAAUGCAGCUCUGUAUUUUUCUUCCCUCUCCAGCUGGAAAUCAGCUAUGUCUUUUUGUUUUUAAUUCCAGUAUUGAUGAGGUACUGGGGCCUGAAGACAAUCAUACAUGUAUUACUGUUCUAACAGUCAAUAGAAGGGCUCUGUCACUUACAUGGCUUCUGUAUCAAAGUCAUCUCAAUUAAAACUUUUGACGGAUUUUAUCUUGCUCUGAGAAUUUUUGUGCUAAGCCUGUGUUAAUUUCCUUUCUAGUCAUUAUUCCAGUUACUAUAAUGUUAAAUCUUUCAAAGGCUGAAAUGUGUUAUCCUUACUGAAAUACUCGAUAAAGCAGAGAAAUGAUUUUUUUACCGUUUCUGUAA